GUGACUAAUGGCUCGUACUGUUAUAUUUUUCUUUCGACGGCCCUUCAAGUCGAGUUAACCAUUAUCCCUGAACGAUCACAGACGAAGAGUUUUUGAUCGAUUCGUACGAGUUCGUUUAUUUUCUGACCAAUCAGAACUCUCCUUUUCUUCAUCCUUCUCCGUCGCUCGUUCUCGACCAGUAAGAAGGUCGUAUCCCUGACGCUCGAGGUCGCUUGUGUCGUUUCUACUCGUCUUUAACCAUUUCUCUCUUAUCCCUCGGCAGAAGUAGUUUGCAUGCGUCGUGUUCAGUUUACGGGAGUCGUUGUUUAUAUUUAAUCGUGAAUGUUACCGGUAGUGUACCUUUCAUUUGAAGUUUACCGAUCGAUCGAAGAUAGAAAGAGAAAGAGAGAGAGAAAGAGAGAGAGAGGAAAAGAAAAACAAUAUAUUAUUUGUAUGAAGACAAAUAAUAAGAGAAAUAUUAGAUCGGAAUUUAUCAUUAUUAUAUAUUUUUUUUUUUUUAUGGAAUAUGGCAAUAAUAUUUCGAAAAUUUCUAAUAAUAUUCAAUCUUUAUAAGAAGUACAAAUAGACUAACCGGAGAGAAGAUCAUAGAAAGAAGAUAUUUAGUUGAUAGAUCAUCUUAUUGGUUCUGAAGUACCAGUGCUUGUGCACACGUGCAUUUAGUGUGAAAAAGAUCUUGACAAGAAUCGAAAGAGGACUUAAGAGUUCAGAUCAGAUUCCAAAAAGGAAGAAUUGAGAAGAAGAGAAGAACACAAAAAAGAAAAAAAGAAAAACUUAGAAAAAUAAAUUCCCUCGAUCUUUGCCCGUAUACGUAAAACAAGAAUGUCGAACGUUUCGGGAAUCUCCAAGGAGGAGACGAUCAUAAAAGGGAAGCCAACCCUCGUACGACGAGUUUCCAACAUGUUUAAAGAUGGAAAUUACAGUAGGCCACCGUUACUCUUUAGACACGCUUCGAUGCAGAAACUCCGCCAUUGCUGCCAGAAUCUGAAUCUAUUUCCAUAUCUACUUUACUCUUACGAUAACUCAAAGUCCCAUCCGGUUGCUAAGAAGGUGAACGUUUGCAUCAGCGAAUUGUUACGAAGCAUUGCCGAAAGAUUUUUCUAUAUUUACAAGUAUCUACGGUGUACAUCAUUGUACGGUAAUGGUAACAAAAACAAUAACAACAAAAACAAUAACGUCAUAUAUCCAAAGAAAAGUUCGAUCGAAUUGAAGAAAGGAAAAGGCAACGAAGCUGACCUUGUCGUCGACGACGAAGAACGAACGCCAAUAACUAAAUUCCAAAGACAGGAACGUCAACGACAAAAGCAAAUUCCGUUCUUCCUAAUUCUUGCAGUUUAUCUUGUACCAUUGAUAUUAGCCUUCGAAAUGAUAAUAGUUUGUUCUUUAUUGAUAUUUGACAAGUACACGCCGGGUUUCGUCUUCCUUAUAAGCGCCGUUAUAUUCUUAGCAUACAUCGCAUUUAGAAUUUUCUUUUACGAGAGUAAAACUAAGAAAUCUUCGAGCAAUGGAGCUAAUAAUAGAUACGCUAGGGUCACAAAGAAAACGAAGGUUCAGUGAUCCAUCUUUGAUGAUAAGAGCAUCCACAUCUCAAUAUCAUUAUCAUCAUCAUCAUCAUCAUCAUCAUUGCCGUCAUUGUCAUCGUCAUUAUCGUCGUCGUUACCAUCAUCAUCAUUUUUAUCAUUAUCAUAUACGGCUAAAAUCUUCGUCAGACAGAAAAACAGUUGAAAUACAUCAACGAUGAGACUCUCGAAGUUCUUGGCCAUUCUCGUUUAAAACGAAGCUCCAACGGUCGAUUGCGGUACAGAGAAAGAAAGAGAAACACGCAUAAAAUAGAGAUAGAUAAGUAGAUAGAUAAAUAGAUAUAAAUAGAUAAAUAAAAUAAGCCGUUGCUCUCUACGGGAGAAAUCAGUGAGCUUACACUAAUGUCGAAAUGUUCCUCACUAACUUUCAUUCACGCGUGUACUUUCGCAUUUUGUCCGUUCUUCUUCUUUUUCAUUCUUUUUUUAUUUGUAUUUUUCUUUUCUACAUAACAUAUAUAAAUAUAUGUAUACACAUAAUUUUAGUAAUCUUUUUUCUUUUUUUUUUUUUUUUUUUUUUUCAUAUAAUUAUAUAGUCUCUUUUUAAAAUCAUACGGCACGUAGAAAAUACGCGAACGGCAUCCAUUUUCCUCUUUUUUCUUCUUCCUUUUUUUGUAUUUUAGAUGAGAUGGCUCUGCUACACAUACUACCGUUGUGCAUCGUUAGGGGAUAGGUCGUUGUUAUACAUUUAUUAUAUAUAUAUAUAUAUAUAUGUAUAUAUAUACACAUGAGAUAUACAUACAUAUGUACGUAUAUAUUUAUACAAUGCAAUUGUGACUUCAUUAGAAUUAAAAUUCAAUAAUGGAAAUUUUGAAAUAUUUAAACAAAUCGUCGCGUAAAAUAUUGUCAAUUGAUCUUUUAUUUUAAUUUUGAAGCCAAUACACAUAAUCCUAACCUAUCCAUUAAUGUUACAAAA